ACUUUUUGAAUGGAAUUAGUGAAAUAAAUCAACUUUUUGAUGAUAUUCUAAUUAUAUGACCAGCACCAUAUGCUUCAGUGCUUUUAUCAUUUUUAAACUUUUUGCCGUCUAGUGUUCGCCUCAAACACACCAACACAUGUGACUGCUGCUGGUCAUCAAUCCAAACCAGGAGAUGUCGCCGCACAUCUUAGGCUUGUUUGAGAUGCACUGUCGCCUCGCCUGAAAAGAAGACGAGAGUAGGCGGCUGCAGUAAGGGGAGGAGUGAAAACAGUGCAGGCAAGACGGACUCUUCCCAAAUCACGCUGUCGAGUCGACUGGAAACGUCAGGAAUGGAAUGGAUCGCGUUCACGUUUUUAUCGCAUUUUUCUUGGGCCAACUGAGUUUAAAAGGGAGGACGUAGGCCUGGAGCUUUGGAGUACAGAUUCACUGUCUUCGCUGAGGAAAUGUCUGGAAGAUAUUUCAAGAGAUGACAGCAGUCUUUCGGCAGUGAUGUCACCGCGGCGGAUCCGUUGUAAUCGCCUCGGCGGAGCUGAUGGCGUCAUUCCGCGCGCUGGCGGAGCCUCCCGAGCGCUGACGGAGCGGAGUAGCAGCGAAGGCCGAGACGACCGAGGCUCCGGCGGCCGGGAUCGAGCGAUGCCAAGCCGGACACCCGAGUCAGGAAACAUGCAGGCUGUAGCGGAGGAGCUGCGGGCCGGCUCCCGGAUCCCCGUCACCGUCGAUCAGAUCGUGAACGACACGCUGCUGGUGACGCUCACGUACCGAGAGAGAAGCUACACGGGCAUUUUACUGGACUGCCAAAAAAAGACUGGGCUCUUUUGCCUUCCAGACGUCAUUGGGAAGUCAGAAGAGAACCUUGUGUUGAGACCAGACUGUGAAGUCUCAAGCGAAGAGCCUUCCUUGGAACCCUCCGGUCAACUUACACAGCAACCAAAAGAUGAGAACACGGAACCCGAGGUGGCCCCUCCCGCUCCUGUACCCAUCCCGCUCCAGCCGGGCCAGCCCACGUACCCUCCGUACUUUGAGGGCGCCCCUUUCCCCCAACCCAUGUGGGUCCGGCACACCUACAACCAAUGGGUACCUCAACCACCGCCUCGUCCAAUCAAGAGAAAGAAAAGGCGAGGUCGAGAACCAGGGAGGAUGACCAUGAGCACGAUCCGACUCAGGCCGCGGCAGGUGCUGUGCGAGAAAUGCAAGAACACGCUAAACAGCGAUGAGGACAGCAAAGAUGGGCCGACGGUGCCCAAGAUGUUGAGGAAGGAGAACGCGCCUCAAGCCGACGAGGACACUAAAACACUCCCAGCCAAGAGUCUGAGGAAGGAUGAUGGGGACAGCAAUAAAGAGUCGAAACAAAGAGAGGACUCCAUGGGCUACGAUAACAAGCGCUUUCGCAAGGACAAGAAGGACGAUGAGAAGGUUCCAGGAGGCGUCGUUAUUCCUCACAGUCCCGUCAUUAAGAUCUCCUAUAGCACUCCUCAAGGUAAAGGUGAAGUCAUUAAGAUCCCAUCUAGAGUACAUGGAUCUGUCAAACCAUUCUGCCCCAAGCAGCUGCUCCAGAACGGUCAUGGAGAAAGAGAAACUUCCAAGGAGCCUAAAAAAGAUGUACAACCCUCCAUGGACGCCAUCAGGACUGGUCUUACCAUUUCCAUUCCCAAACUCAAGCUCCCCAAGCUAACCGGUCCAGACACCCCAUCGCCUAAGAUACGCUUAAGAUCCCGCAGUGACGGGACGCAGCAGGUGUCGGUGUACGAGACUGAACUGGUGGGUGGCACACGUCGGAAAAGUCCCAGAGUUCCCAGCUCCACUCUGUCGCAGUCCGAGGACGGUGCCGAGAAGAAUUCACUAGAACUUUGGUCUGGAACCUGUGGGGAUGAAGUUGAGCGUCACGGCGACCUGACUUUACUCAUCAACUUCCGCAAGAGGAAAGCCGACUCGUCGAGUCUGUCCGUGUGCAGUAGCGACAGCCUGGAUGAGUCCAAGUCGUUCAGUUCGGACGGCACCUCACCGGAACUGUGCGACCUCGCACCGGGCGACGACAUCUCGGUGUCGUCUUCCUCUCACGGGGAAAGUAAAACGGUUCCGCCUCUCACCGUACGACUUCAUACUCGCAGCAUGACGAAGUGCGUGACAGAGGAAGGUCACGCGGUGACUGUGGGCGAUGUGGUUUGGGGAAAGAUCCACGGCUUCCCCUGGUGGCCCGCACGAAUACUCAGUAUUAGUGGUACUCAUAGGGAAGAAGGGGAGGUUGACGCUCCCUGGCCUGAAGCUAAAGUGUCCUGGUUCGGCUCGCCCACCACCUCCCAACUUUCGGUUGCCAAAUUGUCACCGUUCCGUGAGUUCUUCAGGUCACGAUUCAACCGUAAAAAGAAAGGGAUGUACCGGCGGGCCAUCAUGGAGGCUGCCAAGGCGGUGGGACACAUGAGCGCAGAAAUCACAUCUCUACUUGCUCACUGCGAAACUUAGAGGAAGAGGAAGGUGCUGGUUUGGCUUUCACGCAGGGCCUGCGCUCCCCAGACGUGGCAGUCUCCCCGGACGGAGAGUGCCUUUAUAUGCCACGGAUAUUAUGAGCGACGGUGCUUUCCCCCCCACACACACGGCUGUUGGAAGAGAACGGCGGACUUGUGGACUGGAUGAGUGAACUGCGUUUGAGGGGCCACAAGGAGAACGCUGGAAAAUCUCAGAGCGAUCCAUCGAUUUCCCCCAUCUUCUCUUUGUUCGUCUCUUCAUCUUCCGUCUGUUUGUUCUUUUAGUACGUACAUUAUAUUAGAAGUAGCUCGACACUAAAUCCGAAUGUAUUUAUUCACGAAACGCUCUGCCUGGAAAAAUCCUGUUAGAUGAAAGUGCUGCUGUUGAAGACUGAUGGUGUCCUUCAUCGGACGCGGGCUCGCUCUCGCCCCUCAUAGGAUGCCCAGAACGGACGAAUAUCAACGCCACGAUACUACAUUACAAGUCUUACUCUUGCGUCUCUCUUCAUCCAAUUCUGAUAAUGUGAAAUUCUGUUUCGUAACCUCUGAGAUGAUUGUGUAGGUUUGUCCAGCUGGUUUUCUGUCUCACAUCAUGUGACGUUUUUCGCAUCCGCUCGUCAAAGAGGCCGGUGGCGUUUCCGUUGUAUUUGCUUGAAUUAUUUAAUGUGUCACGUUAAGAAUAGCACUUUAUUCCAACCCCGGUGGCCUGCUGUGAACUCAUCGGGCGACACUAACCUGAGUUUGCCGAUCGACGGAGGAGCCGACCCUUUGCUUUCGAAGUGAUUUUUAACUUUUCUCCUACAGAUUAAAGGACGCCUUCAGGAAGUUGUGUACACUGUAUUCUCGUGUUUCGCCUGCUUUACGUUAGUCACUAUUUCUUUAUCCUGGUGAAAUGUUCCACUGGACAUCUGGACAGAAGUGUACGCUCCUAUGCACCGCCCGCCUCUUUGAUUAAAGCUUAUAACACUACCCCUGACGGGAUGAAUUCAAUCAUGUGUUCGCUAAAUGAACGGCCUCAGUUCUCUGUCUGCGUCUUUGACACGGGAACUCUCCGUGAAGUGGAACGAGUUGUUCGCGCACCCCGCUGACCUCCUGGACAGGAGCGAUUAAAGAGGGCUGAUGGCGGGGAGGGAACUCGAGGUGUAUUUUGAGCUCCGACUCGCCCCGUCAGUCGCGCCUUUGUGCGUUUCUUUUCCAGCUGGUUUAUGAUUCUGGACUUUCUGCAGACGUCUGCAGCCAUCCAUGACUCAACGUGGUGGAUUUUUUUAUGUGCUGUAAAUAUAAUAAACUAUGAAAGCUGUAACCGUUCUGGAAUGUUCUU